AUUACUAUUGUCAAGUGUACAUACAUGCAUACUCGACUAUGAGAUGCACAUGGUACCGAUUUAACCUCGAAUAUUCGACAAUAUUUCUUACAGUAAAUUGUGUAUUUAUUAAGCAACAAUUUUAAAAUUGUGUUGAAUAUCGGAUAAAAUAAAAUAUAUUAUUGGCACAAUGGCUAAAUCACACGCCACCAAUAAAGCCCCGCGUAAGCAGGGCUUCAAUCGUUCUGGGCACAGUAUGAACCCUGAACGUCCUAAGGAAGGAUUGAAAGGAGUUGCUAAAGUACGAACAAAAGCAACUAUCAAAAGAUUGCAGAUGUAUCGCAAUCAGAAACCAAAACGCAAUCGUGUUGGAGAAAUCAUCAGUCCUGCACCGUUUCAAGGCUGGCACAGUUCUGGGACCAUGUCGCGUGUUGAACCAUCCCAAAGGUGGUUUGGCAAUUCAAGAGUCAUCUCACAAAACGCUUUACAAAAGUUUCAGGAUGCGUUAGGAACAGCUAUGAAGGAUCCUUACAAAGUGGUCCUGAAACCCACUCAGUUGCCUGUAACUUUACUUCAGCAGAAAGCAGCGAACGCAAGAGUACAUUUGUUGGACGUAGAAAGUUUCGGGAGUGUGUUCGGUCCGAAGAAGGUGAGAAAGAGGCCGAAUCUGGCGGUGACAUCGUACGACGAAUUGAAAACGCUAGCCGAGAAGAAGGAAGAUACUUACAAUAAGGAAAAGGACAUCAAGGACCACGAUCUCGUUCGAGAGGACACCGGUGUGAAGGACGCGCAAAGAGACUGGAUUAUGGCAGCGGGACAAAGCAAGAGAAUUUGGAACGAGCUGUACAAAGUCAUCGACUCUUCCGACGUUGUUCUGCAGGUAUUGGAUGCGAGGGAUCCAAUGGGCACCAGGUCCCCUCCCGUAGAGAGAUAUCUGAAAACCGAAAAACCUCACAAACACCUGAUGUUCAUUUUAAAUAAAGUGGAUUUGGUGCCGGUAUGGAUUACGCAAAGAUGGGUGGCAAUCUUGAGCAAGGAAUACCCGACGGUUGCCUUUCACGCAUCCUUGACGCAUCCGUUCGGCAAGGGCUCGCUGAUAAAUCUGCUGAGGCAGUUUGCAAAAUUGCACGUGGACAAGAAGCAGAUUAGCGUGGGUUUUAUAGGGUAUCCUAACACGGGGAAAAGCUCCAUCAUAAACACUCUGCGCUCCAAAAAGGUGUGCAAAGUGGCGCCUAUAGCUGGAGAGACGAAGGUGUGGCAGUACAUAACUCUCAUGCGCCGUAUCUACCUGAUAGAUUGUCCAGGUGUCGUUUAUCCGUCGACGGAAACCGACACGGAGAAGGUAUUGAAGGGAGUUGUGAGGGUGGAACUCAUUCAGAACCCGGAGGAUUACAUUGUUACCGUUCUGGAAAGAGUAAAGCCCGAGUACAUACGUAAAACGUACAAAAUACAGGGAUGGACAGAUCACGUCGAUUUCCUAGAGAAGCUGGCGCGUCGAAGCGGUAAGCUCCUAAAAAAGGGAGAACCCGACAUUGCGAUCGUCGCACGUAUGAUUCUGAACGAUUGGCAACGUGGUAAACUGCCGUUUUACGUUCCACCAGUCGGCUUCGAAGAACCUUUACCGAAACAAGUGAAUGCAGAUGAGACAGCUACGAGUAAGACGCAAGAUAAUGCAACGAAUGAAAAUAAUGAUGAAGAGCAACAACAGACUCGUAACUCACCUACGAAAGAGCAAGCGAAGAAUCAAAUAAUGGUAGUGCAAGAAUUUCGAAAAAUACACGUUAGCUUGCCGUACUCGGGUGAUGAUGUCAGAAAAGAUCUAGAACAGGACAAGUCUCUCGGUGCGAGUAUUGUAGAAGACGAAAGUAGCGCGGAAAGCGAAACAGAAGACGUUGAAGUAGAAGACGUUUCACGUACAACGAACGAUAAACUUGAUACAGAUGUGCAGAAUCAAGAAAAAACAUGUUCCUUAAAUGAUGACGAAAAUGUUACAGAAAAUAAUGAUGAAAAUGCAAGCAAAGAAGAAUCUAAAAUGGACGAAAGUGGCUAUUCAGACAAGGAAAUUUGUUUUGAGCAGGAUAAUCUGAAACAAAGCGCAUUUAGUGUGCUCGAUGAUAACUUUGACUCGAGUGACGAUGAAGUAGAUUCUUAUAAAGUUGCAUCAAGAAGCGGCACGUUCACUGUCUCGUCAAUAUCCUCUGCAGAAAAAGCACAAUCGAAGAUUAAAUUAACGAGCAAACAACGGAGGGCCAUGGAACGUCUCAAUAAGAGGAAAAAGAUAGGAAGCAACUUUUACGAAGUGACAAACGUAAAGAACAGAAACAGAAAUAGAAAAGUCCCGAGGACCAAGAGGAAAUAAUGGAUCGGUAAAUUUGCAAGUCACUAUAUUCAGGUGUGCUUAUAUACGAAAUACCUAUCGCGUAGAUAUUUGUAAAAUUUAAGAAAUAGAGUAAAGCGUGGUAAAAAA